GAGUGCGAAUGGUUGUUUGUUUCUAUGUGCCCUGCGAUUGGCUGUUCAGGGUGUACCCCGCCUACUGCCCGAUGAUAGCUGGGAUAGGCUCCAGCACGCCCGCGACCCUAGUGAGGAGAAGCGGCUCAGAAAAUGGAUGGAUGGAUAAAUUAAAAACAUAGACAAAACCUAAUCUUCCAAUGAUCUUAGUUGAUCUUGAAUCCAAUUCUCUUCAGAUGAGGACAGUCAAAUGAAUGAUCGAGCCAAAGCUUGAUUGAGACAUUUCCUCUGUUGGUGUUUCACGGUGACCAGCGCAUGAUUUUUGGGUUCUGCAAAGCAGAGGUUUUAGGAUUUGAAUUGGUUUCAGAGAGGUGUUACUUGUUUCAAUCCAAUUCUGCAGAGAUAAUUUACAAUAUUUUGGAUCACACAACUUGCAGAAAUAUUUACAUUGCUGUUUUAAUGUACAGCAGCAUGUGUGGCUAAAUUUCACAUUCUCUGUAACACUUUCUAAUUGCACAGUUAAGCAUAUUUGGUGUUUAAAACUGACCGUACAUGCUUAAUUAAUCAUGUGCAACUCGAAAUAUGUGCUGAAGUAAUUAAACAAUUUUUGAAUGAAACACGGUCAAUAUAUUGUACAAUUAAAUUUUGAAACAAUACAGUGUUGUCAUCUACAGUGAAAACUUGAAAGUCAAAUGCCUGUGAAGUCAUACGACUUUAAAUCGGACCAAAAUUUCCUGGAAAAAUAUGUCACAGAAUAGGUUGAACCACUGUCAUUAGACCUCUACAUAUCUCACAGGACUUGAGCUCAGUGACCAUCUAAAUCAACUGCACACGUUUUUCUUGCUCUUAGUUUUAUUGUGUCUGUGAUGAUAAGCAUAUGGGAAAUGGAACUUGGAGAGCAGUGCAUGCACAUCUCUGCCCUGGCUACUUAGUACAAACUUUGACAAUAAGUCAUCAAUAGUAGCCCCACCCCCCCCCACCUCUGCAAAAAAAAAAAUCCAGCAUCAACCAGCAAGGCUUUUUUUCUGACGUAAGCUGGCGCAUGCUGGUUUGUGCUGGUCAGAUGUUGGUGCUACUGGUGAACCAGCAUGGAAAUGCCGGUCAAGUUAGUGGACCAGCAUAGGAUGUUGGUAGACCAGCAUGGGAUGUUCGUGGACAGGCAUGGAAUCUUGGUGGAUCAACAUCUCCUGCUGGUGGACCAGCACGAUAUGUUGGUGGACCAGUACGGGAUGCUGGUGGGAUGUAUCGUGGAACAGUAUGGGUUGCUGGGAAAGUCGAUUUAGCAGCACAGUUGUUCCCAUGUUACUGAAUGGGUCCGCAUUACCAUCAUGGUCAACUAAUUGGGUCAUCUUAAUGGUUUGAGAUUUUGAUGGGGCAAUCCCUACCAUAAGAGCACAUCUCACAGGUCGACCUAUGAGUGCUCUCCAGAGAAGGGGCGUAGCACGAAAUCCUUGGCCGCCAUACAUAAGACUCUUGAAGGGUUCCCCCACCACACCUAAAAUUCACUUUCACUGCGCCCUGUACACACACUGUAGUCUAUCCUUUUCUUGUUUUAUGAUGUUUCGUGACUUGUAUUUUAAAAGCUUGGGCAUAAGCACACACUUUUUUCAAAGUGAAGUCUCAAUAGAAAGGAAUGUAGUGGAGGAGUGGGAACGUCGCGGGACUCCCUCAUCAAGAUGGCGGCCACUGCAUGUCGCUCCAAAUUGCUCUCGAAUGACAACAGAUAUCUGUGUAUAAAAACAAACAGCGAAACCAAAAGUGUGUAAACAAAAACCGCAAGUACAUUAUACAGAUAUUUUCCUUUAAACUUAAAAUAAAUCGGCAUUAUCCACACAACUUGCAAUCACUUUUAAAACGUAUUUUUUAGUCCAACCUAUGAACCUUUUACUUUAGCGCCUGUAAAUAAUACCUUUCGACCGAUCCACACUCCAGUCCGGUAGGUAGCGGUAAUGCGUCUGACGCUAGUUUGCCAACUGCCAAUCAGACUCAAGAAGGAGAAUUCGAAUCUGUUUCCGGUCCAAAGCUGCCAGCUGCGCGCCAAAGCGCCACUUUUCAAGGAGGAUUCAAACGGUAAGCCAUUUUAUUGAAAUACGCGGCCGUUUUUUCGUCUCGAAAAAAAAUAGUUAAUUAGGUUAACUGCACUCACUCGCUAUUGUGAUAAGCUAACGUUAAACCUAAAAUUGUCAUUUUUUUGUCAUACAAAAGAUUACUGCUGGGGUUAGUCUGCUAGCUUGUUUCCUCCGUGCUGUUAAUAUGGGAAGCUAAUGUCUUAAACUUAAAACUUGCAUGGCCUUCUUAUCAAAUAAGAUAGCUCAGCUAUCAUUAGCUGCUAGCGCGAACUAGCAAGCUUUAGGGUAUUUUAUUAUCCAGGUUUUGUUUUUUUUUGGCUGCAUGUCUAAUUUUUUGACUAAUGCAAUUUGUACUCUGGAGCAAUUUAUAUUCUGAAAAAUACAGUACUAUACUAUGUAAACUCUAUUUUCCAGACUAUAAGUCACACUUUUUAACUGGUCCUUUCGACUUAUAGUCAGGUGUGACUUUUUUUUUAUCCUCUUCAUGAUGUAUUUUUUUGUCUGGUAUAAAAUUGUCGACUGGUUAGCACAUCUCACAGUUCUGAGGACUGGGGUUCAAAUCCUGGCCUCACCUGUGUGGAGUUUGCAUGUUCUCCCCGUGCAUGUGUGGGCUUUCUCCGGGUACUCCAGUUUCCUCCCACAUCCCAAAAACAUGCGUGGUAGGUUGAUUGAAGACUCUAAAUUGCCCUUGGUGUGAAUGUGAGUGCGAAUUGUUGUUUGUUUCUAUGUGCCCUGCGAUUGGCUGGCGACCGGUUCGAGGUGUACCCCCCUCCCACCCGAAGAUAGCUGGGAUAGGCUCCAGCAGCCCGCGACCCUAGUGAGGAUAAGCUGUAAAGAAGAUGGAUGGAUGGAUGACUUAUACUGUGGAGUGGUCCGGAAAGUACAUUACGUGUUUGUGAAUGUGCGGAUAUGUAUUAACGCCCUGUGUGUCUCAGAUGAUCCCAUGCCCAGAGGCGCUCAAGCCUAGGCAGCAGAAGACAUCCUUAACAAGUACCAAACGUCUGACAAGGUAUUACCUGUGCCUGCAGUUGAGGGAUGACAUCCUGUCUGGCCGUCUGCCCUGUUCUUUUGUUACGCACGCCCUCCUGGGCUCCUACACUGUUCAAGCUGAACUGGGUGACUAUGAGCCUGAGGAACAUGGGCCGGACUAUGUCGCUGACUUUCGCUUUGCACCUAACCAGACACGGGAGCUGGAAGAAAGGGUGAUGGAGCUGCAUCGUAACUAUAGGGGAAUGAGUCCAGCAGAGGCCGAAGUGAGUUUUCUAGAAAAUGCCAAGAAGCUCUCAAUGUAUGGUGUGGACCUUCAUCACGCUAAGGAUUCUGAGGGGAUUGACAUAAUGCUGGGUGUCAGCGCCAACGGUCUGCUCAUUUACCGAGACCGUCUAAGGAUCAACCGCUUUGCCUGGCCAAAGAUCCUCAAGAUCUCCUACAAGAGGAGCAACUUUUACAUCAAGAUUCGUCCUGGAGAGUAUGAACAGUUUGAGAGCACCAUUGGCUUCAAGUUGCCCAACCAUCGGGCCUCGAAGCGACUGUGGAAGGUUUGCAUUGAGCACCACACCUUCUUCAGGUUGGUUUCUCCAGAGCCGCCUCCAAAGGGCUUCCUGGUGAUUGGGUCCAAAUUCCGCUACAGUGGGCGAACUCAAGCCCAAACCAGACAGGCCAGUGCUCUGAUUGACAGGCCCGGCCCUCUGUUUGACCGCUCUGUUAGCAAGAGGUACCUGCUGUCCCGAAGUAUUGACGGCGCUUCAGCUUUAGGUAACAGUAUGGACCAGUUGUCUCAGCGAAGCUCGAGUGAACGAACACAGUUCAUGUCCAGAGAAGACCUGGACCAAGAAGGCAGCCUGGACCUAGACCAUGAUCACUACCACUAUCCGUACCAGGACCAAGACCAGGGUCAUGACACUGACGAGGACUUAGAGCUGAACCGGGGUCCAGAACACAUUCAUGGUGCAAGCAGCUCAACAUGCAGCAAAACUUUGGAACUCAAGGCUGAGGAAGCAGCCUCGCCUGUAGACUCAAAACCAGAGGAUCUGGCCUCGGCUCGGCCCAAGCAGGAGCAGUUCUUAGACAAGCCAGAAGAUGUUCUACAGAAACACCAGGCUAGCAUCAAUGAGCUGAAAAGGGCUUUGAGGCAGCCCAAUAGUAAGAUGACACAGCGGGAGAAACGUGCUGGCUCUGCUACUUCUCUUGGAGGAACCCCAGAGCGGAAACCAGAGACACCUUCGACACCUGCCAUUCAUGAGGAACCUCUCAGCGAUUCCGUGCGGGAGCCUUGGGAGCGACGUCUGGGGUCAGUGUCCGAGGACGAUCAAGACCACGAGAUCUUGUACUUGAAGGAAACCCACUUGGGCAUCGAGCGCAAAUGUUCCAGUAUCACAGUCAGCUCCACUUCCAGCCUGGAGGCCGAGGUUGACUUCACCGUCCUCACCGACCUGCACACGGGGAUGGAGGAGUUCUCCCGGGGCAUGUCCGAGCUGGGCGAGCGGGACUUGUCGCCUGACGGGGGUCUGCGGUUCGGGAUUGACUUCCUGCAGCAGCAAGGGCCCUCAGAGUUAUGGCCUCCUUUGGUGUCUGCGCCUCCUGUGUCUGGAGGCGCGAGCAGCAGUCCUCCAGCUAAGCACAUCCAAGCUGAAGAAGUCCGGACAGAACCCAAGCGGAAUGAUGUACAGCCUGUAGUGCCUAAAAAGCCCAAGAGGUCGAUACCAGUGUCAUCUUCAGUGGACAGGGAGCAGCCACACAGGGAAGCCAGUCGGGUCACCAGCGCCGCGCCUCUGAGUCGGGAAGCCAGUGAUGUCAUCGCCGCAGUGAGGAAGACAGACGUCAGGACGGAGACCCAGCCUAAUGGGUCAGAGGUCACGACGACCAUAGUGGAGUUCACAGAUCAGGAUCACGGUAUGACUGGCCUGAGCGAGGUGUCUUACUCCACAAGACAGAGCGUGUCCCCUGUGCAUAUGGGCAGUCUUGGAAGAGAGACGACAGGGUCUCCCAUCCUCGUCACCGAAAAUGUUACAUCGGCGACCACACAGGUUACCAAGACGGUGAAAGGGGGCUACUCAGAGACCAGAAUUGAAAAGAGAAUCAUCAUCACAGGAGACGAUGAUGUGGACCAGGAACAGGCUCUGGCCAUUGCAAUCCAAGAGGCCAAGCAGCAGCAUCCUGACAUGCAGGUGACCAAGGCGGUGGUUGUCAGGGAAACAGAAUCAUCCACUGAGAGGUGUCCUGGCAGGUCCGCCAAUAUUAUCUACUGCUAAUGCCAGUGAUCUAAGGCAACUGUGGCAACAACAGUCGUGAUUUCCUGACAUGAGAAGCUGUCACGUUUCAUCCCAGAUGACAGCCGUCCCCCCGAAAGAAAAACAGAACUCUUUUUGAAUCUAAUGUCUUCUGUUCUUAUUUCUGUUGAAACAUUUCUUCAUUCUUGUGACACAGAAUGCACACAGAAAAAAAGGGGGGGAAAGAAAAGAUUGGUGGAUAUCUUGCUCUAGAAGAAGCCAACAAUGUUCCCUUUUUCAAAGGGAUUUUGUUCAUUUUUGUGCUAUGGUGGCACCCUUGUCCACACUGUCAUUUUACAAAAGGGACUAAGAAAUGGUUAUGUAGUAGUAGAACGCCUAGUUCACAAACUCCUGCCGUGUAUGCUUCUUAAUUAGUAAUGCAUUUAAUAACUUACAAUGACUACUGAAAUGGACAAUUACAUUAGUUUAUGUCUGAUGAGGAUAGACUUGAAUAGAAAAGAACAACACCGCCCUCUGGUGGUGUGUUCAAGACCCGACGUCUGAGUUGAGUUUUAGGGAUUGUACUGUAGUAGUAGUGUAUGAAUGUGAGUUGCUACAACGUGAUGAAUUGUACAUUUCAACAAUUUCUGCCUUUGGGUCGAGAAAUCAUGAGUUGCUAAUACACUUCCUAUCCAAAUAGUAGUCCAGCAUGUUUAAAAAGGGCCCAGUUCCUCACCUCCUUUCCCAGCCUCACAAGCUCAACUGCAUAUUUGUGUAGUGAAUAGAUUUAUUAAGCUCAUCACUGGGUUUUCGAGAUCAUGUUUCCAUGGCAAUGUCUUUGCAUUAUUGGGCUUUAAUUGAGAAAUGCAUUGAAGCCACCGUGAAUGGUAAUGAUUGCAGAUUGUAAUGACAGAAACAACAAAGGCCAAGUUGUGAUGUAUAAAAAGAGGAAAUUUAACUUCCUGACGGGAAAUGAAAAAUGCGCACCGAAAUAAGGUGCAGACUUGCCCAGGGUACGCAAAAAUGAUAUACUGUAUACUUCCCACCACAACAGACCCUGCCCUGUAUGUUUUUACAAGUAAUGUGCUUCAUAAAAAUACACAUUUUUCUCCCCUCCAGAAUGAAAAACAGAGUAUACUCUGUUGCAGUUCCACUUUUUAUGUAUGCUUCAUUCAGAUCAGUGCUAUUUAUCUUGCAAUGUGCAGCAAUCUGAUUUGAAUUUAUUUCGACAUUGCAGACAUGCCAUGUGCCACUUAUCAGUUAGAUGGGAUGAAGUUUGUGAAACGUUUUUUGUAUCAACUAGAAAUGUAAUUACUGAAGUGCCAGAGUGUUGACAAGAUUUCAGGACUUGUGUCCUUAUUUGCAGAACUUGUGCAAAGGUUGUAUUAUGUGAUUGAUGAGAAUUGUUAUAUACGUUUUUUUUGUUGUUGUUGUUUUUUGUUUUUUUUAACUCAAGAGGUAAGAGACAUUUCCAUGUGUAGUGUAGCUCAGUUGUUUCAUGUGAAUGGAACGGAAGAUGAACGAAACAAAACAAAGCAGUCAUGUACCUUCAUUGUAGUUGUAGCUCCUGUAUCUGGUGCGAGGUCAUUGAAGAUGUGACGUGGUUGCCAUGGUCUCACAGGACACUAGAGGGCAGAAAGAGAGCCUUGCAUCAGCACUGCGUAGCUUGCCUUUACCGUCAAUCAUCUUGGAGAUUCCUGUACACGUGACAGAAACGUGCCUGUCCUACCCGAGAGCAGCUGCAGAUGCCGUGGACCUUUGAACUUCACUUGAGCCCUAAUCGUGGCCCUGUGCACUCCUCCUCCUCAUUCUGCAGCUUCAACUCUACUGCAGUGCUUCUCCGUCAAAUCGUGCCGUGUCUUUGCUGUACAUUGUACUUGCAUUCCUCUCAAACAAAUAAACAACAAGAGAAAAACUU